UCCGAAAAAAAAGAUCUGAAAAAUGUCUGAAAAAAUGUCCGAAAAAAAAGUCUGAAAAAAAAGAUCAAAAAAAUGUCUGAAUAAAAAAAUUUCAAUUUUGCAUUUAGUCAUGUGGUUUCCGUACAUAUCACAUGUAAGAUGUAAUAUUUCACACAACAAAAAAUAUAUGACCCCUUACUUUUAUUGUUUUUUUGUUUUCCUAUGUCUUUAUUGCUCUUCAUUUUUCAAUCACCGUUUUUUUUUUCAGGUGGCGGUGGUGAUGGCUCUCGGUUCAUUAGGUAUCACUUCCCCCUCAUCAUUUUCUGUCUCUUUGCAUCCGCCCUUUCAUCCAGGAGCCUCGGAAACAGAGCGGCGGCUCCAUCAGAAGCUGUUUGAAAACUACAACAUGAAGGUCAGACCAGCUCGUUACUGGGAGGAGAAGGUGAUGGUUCGAGUGGGGAUGACCCUCUCUCAGCUUGUCAGCUUGAACGAGAAGAACGAACAGAUGACAACCAACGUGUUCAUGAAUCUGGCGUGGACAGACUACAGGUUGUCAUGGAACCCAGAGUCAUAUGAUAACAUUGAAGUUUUGAGGAUUCCUCCCAACAAGGUGUGGCGGCCUGACAUCUACCUCAUAAACAAUAACGACGGUCAGUUUGACGUGGCUCUGUACGUCAACGUCUUGGUUUACAGUGAUGGGACGGUCAACUGGCUUCCCCCGGCCAUCUACCGCAGCUCCUGCUCUAUAGAGGUGUCGUACUUCCCGUUUGACUGGCAGAACUGCAGCAUGGUUUUUCGCUCGUACACCUACGACGCCUCCGAGGUGGAACUGCAGUACUUUCUGGGCGAUGACGGCAAAGAGAUUCAGGAGAUUGUUAUAGAUGAGAAUACUUUCACUGAAAACGGAGAAUGGGCCAUCUGUCACAAACCCUCCAGAAAGAACAUUAAGGAAGACCUGUACGAGGACAUCACCUUCUACCUCAUCAUACAGAGGAAGCCUCUUUUCUACAUCAUCAACAUCAUCGUGCCCUGCAUCCUCACCAGCGUGUUGGCUAUAUUUGUCUUCUACUUGCCUCCUGGAGCAGGAGAGAAGAUGACUCUCUCCAUUUCCGUCCUCAUCGCUCUGACUGUCUUCAUGCUUCUGCUGGCUGACAGGGUCCCAGAGACUUCCCUCGGCAUCCCAAUUAUUGUCAACUAUGUCAUGUUCACCAUGAUCCUGGUCACGUUCUCUGUCAUCCUGAGCGUAGUCGUCCUCAAUCUGCACCACCGAACGCCCAGCACGCACAUCAUGCCGAACUGGGUUCGAAAGGUAUUCAUUCACUUCCUGCCCAAGUACAUCGGCAUGGAGAGGCCAAACCCAGAAGACCCUCUGUUGGAGGAGGAGUCUAGUGAUGACUCACCCAUCCCAAACUUCAACGGCAGGCAGCCUGGAGGAGAGUACUUCUUUCGCAAGAUCAACCCUGAUCUGGUCAUACCCUGGAGAGGCAGGUGUGAGAGCACGGUGCAUCUCCAUCGGCUCCCGGACACUGACAGCUACUGUCUGAUCCUCCCUCCCAACCUGAAGUCAGCCAUCGCUGCCGUGACAUACAUGGCCGAGCAGCUGAAGAAGCAGGACACGGACGACACGAUGACAGGAGACUGGCAGUUCAUCGCCCUCGUGGUGGACCGUCUCUUCCUGUGGUUGUUUGUCAUCAUCACCACUCUGGGCACGCUGGCCAUGUUCUUGGACGCCAGUUUCAACUACACGCCCGACAACCCCUUCCCAUAGAAAACACAAACACAGAUGGAGCUUGAUACACUGUUUGGUCGCCACUUCGGUUACACUUCAUUUUACAGGUCUGCAAAUUUCAUGGUAAUUAGGUGAUAAUUAGCAAGAAAUUUCUUUGGAAUUACUGCCAAAUUACCCCAAUAUUUACCUCUUGAA